AUGUCGAGUCCCCCGACCCUCAUCUUCAUACCAGGUUCCUGGCAUAGACCGAUAUGCUAUGACCCGAUCAUUAAGCUCCUGGAGCCCAAGUUCAAAUGUGUCGCAGUGCCUCUUCCAUCAACAGCACAUAACCCCGAAGCGAGUUUCAAAGAUGAUCUAGAUGUAGCCCGAGAUGCGAUUUCCGCCGAGACAAGUAACGGACGCAAUGUCGUUGUUAUUGCGCACUCGUAUGGCGGCAUGGUGGGCAACAGCGCCAUUAAAGGCUUUACAAAGCCAAAAGACGCUGAUGACAGUCCAUCAGGAUACGUCAUUGGUCUAAUUCUCAUAGCCUCUGGCUUCACCUUGACUGGGCUGUCCUUUAUGGAUCCUUUCUUCGGUCGUCCGCCGCCGGCCUGGCGUGUGAAUAACGAAACUGGCUACGCCGAGCUCGUUACUUCCCCACGGGAACUGUUCUACCACGAUCUGCCAGAGGACGAGGCCGAAUACUGGAUCUCCCAACUCACGAGUCAGAGUCUCAAGGCGUUGUUUGAAGGCGGCGAGUACACUUACGCCGGGUGGAAAGAUGUGCCGUCUUGGUAUAUCGGGACUACGGAGGAUCGGGGAAUACCAGUGCUGGCUCAGCGGAUGACAGUUGGUAUGGCGAGAGAAAUGGGGGCUAGUGUGGAGCAUCGAGAGCUGCAAACGAGCCAUUCGCCUUUUCUGAGUCAACCUGUGUUAACGGUGGAGAUCAUUUUAGAGGCCGUCGAUGCAUUUAGCCACUCAAGGAGCAACAAGCCUAAGCUGGCCGUUGAUGGAGGUGAUAAGGCGAUAGUUGUGCCGGGUACUGCCCUCUUUAAACCUUUGACAUGGUUCAAAUUUGGACUGCCGAUGGCCUUUGGCCAUGCGGAGAUCCUCUCGGGAUCUUAG